UCGCCCUUUGUUUUGUAGGCUGUUUUUUUCCAGGCGCCCCCUCCUAUUGCUUACUCACCUUUUGAUUUCCGAGUGACGACAUCCAGUGAUUGAACACCUCACCAGUUCACCUGCUGACACUCUCGUCACGCCCCUACAGGCAAGGCGUGCCCUCAGCAAGCGAAACCAGUGAAAUCACACACAACCAACAGGAUCUUCCUCACGCCAGCAGUGGGAAUGCCACACAGGACACCCUGAGCACUCACGAGCCUGUAGAGCGAUGCAGGUGGACCGCCGCUGGACGGAGGUUUUCAAGGACACUGUGGCUGAGACGAUUGUCAGAGACGAGCCAAGAGUGUCUCCAGCCAAGAGUGCCCUGAUGUCCAUGCAUCAAUUCACACCACGAUCACGGCCCCUGGCCAUCAGGAACAGCCUCAACUCUAAAGGAGAACUCAGACCUUCAUCUAUGCCCUCCAUACCUAAUCCCUUCCCUGAACUCUGCAGUCCCUCCCACUCCCCAGUUCGGGUUGGCUCCCUAGUGGGAAAUGCCAGAACCUCUGAGGAAGACACUCAUGUGGUGAGAGUGUUUGGAGAGGACACUCACAGUCGUUCAGUGCUGGUAUCGUCGGGGGCAACGGUGCGGGACGUGUGUCAUAUUCUGGUGCAGGCAGCUCAUUGCACAGACCAAGAGAACUGGGCUCUAAUUGAGCAGCACCCUGCACUAGGACUGGAACGCUGCCUGGAGGACCAUGAAGUGCUGGUGCAGGUGCAGUCCUCCUGGCCACAAGGUGGCGACACCAAACUGCUCUUUCGCAAAAACUACGCCAAGUACGAGUUCUUCAAAAAACCAGCGCAAUAUUUCCCAGAGAACAUGAUCUCGGACAGCACUGAUGCCAAGGCGGAUAUCAGCUCGUCUCAGCUCAUCCAGAGUAUGCUGAAGUGCGGUUCAUGUCCAGAAAUUCAGGGCUAUCUACAUGUUAGAGAAGCAGGGAAGAAGUCCUGGAAAAAACUUUACUUCAUUUUACGACGAUCUGGACUCUACUGUUCCAGCAAGGGGUCAUCUAAGGAACCUCGGCAUCUUCAGUGUGUAGCUGAUCUGGAGGAUCUCAGUGUGUAUACAGUGUGCAACAGUCGAAAACUCUACAGCUCUCCUAAAGUGCACACCUUUUGCAUCAAGUCUUGUAGAGACAGAUUUCGUUCUCAGGAUCUUAAGCUGCUGUGUGCAGAAAAUGAACAGUGCAGAACCUGCUGGAUUACGGCCUUCAGAGUGUUCAAGUAUGGGAAGCAGCUUCAGUGUAAUUACCUGUUAUCACAGACAAGUCCCAAACUACAGAUCCCUCCACGAAAAGACACCAAGUGGAAGGAGGGUGAGGAGUCAAUGGUAGCAAUGGAUUUCUCAGGGAAGAGUGGAGGACGAGUCAUCCUGAACCCUCAAGAGGCUCAGAGUGCAGAACAGGAGGAAGGCUACAAUUGGAGGAAGAGAGAGGCGCUACGCUACAGCCUACCAAGCAACAGUCAGGGAUCACGACCUACUGCUGUGCAUCAGAUUCAGCCUUGGUUCCAUGGUGGCGUAUCCCGGUCUGAAGCUGAGAGGCUUUUGGAGGAGCAGGGUCAGGUGGAUGGGAUGUUUUUGAUUCGGGACAGCCAGAUGCAUGCGCAGUGUUUCGUGUUGUCUCUGUGUCAUAAAUUAAAGACCAAGCACUACCUCCUCAUUCCUUGUGAGGAGGGCGGCAGACAGUACUACACAAUGGACGAUGGCGUCACUCUUUUUAUGGAUCUGCUGCAGCUGGUGGAGUUUCAUCAGAUUAACCGAGGAAUCCUUCCAGUGUGUCUCAAACACCCCUGCAUACGCAUCGCUCUCUGACCCUGACCCUUCAAACUGUGCCCUUUGUGCAAUUAAGCAUUAUACACUUAAAAUUCCAAACUACUGUGUGCAGACUGUUCUACGUCCCUGCCCCAGAGGUGCGGUCAAUUUUAAACAAGUUUUAUCCGUUUAUUUUCCACAGCUGUAAUAAAAGCUAUGGUAAACAGCUGAAUCUCCUGAGCUACAAAACCUAACAAUGUUUUUUUCACACUUGUUCUGAUCAUUUUCAGUUUGCAGACUCUUCAGGCAAGUUUCUGUUCACUUUCUGACCACUAGGUGAUGCUCUAAUGCAGUGGUCACUUAGAACUAAAAUAUGCCACAAAGAUAGAUCUCCAGGAAGAGGGUUGGUGACCACUGCUCUAAUUGUGUAAAUAGAGAUCGUAUUUCCAGCUCCAGCUCUGUGUAGUUCUUCCUGCUGCACAGUUUUAUGCUUUUGCUGCACCUCAGUCACAUCAUUAACUAAAGAUCAGGUCCCUCUGGAGCUGAAUCAGAUGUUAGAACAGGGCAAACUGUGGAUUGCAGGACUGUAGUCGGGAAGCAGUGGGCCCACAGAGUUGAAGCAAGCGUUGAGUGAAGAAUUUUGCACAAUGUUUUAGAUAUCAGAGAAGAAAAAAGCUUUUCUCUUUAAAAGGUAAUAUUUAUGAAUGUUGAAUUGUCUAUUGUAACUGUAGACUCCUAUGAAUAGUUUACAUUUUUGCUGCAUUUAUUUUAUAAAAAUGUGUUUUACCAUCUUAAUCUGCAGGCAGGUAUUUAAGUCAGUCUUCCAGUGUCACUUGGUUUUGUUUUUUUUUCUCUUAUGUAAUGUUGUUGAUUAAAUUUCACUGUAUUCUCUUACA